AGUGAGGAAAGACUAGAGACAAAGGCGAAACCUUUAUUCCCGCUCCAGAGAUGUAUUUGGUUUUACUCUCUACUUUACUUAUCCUGGGAACAAUACCUAUUAAAGGGUGCAUUACCAAUCUCAAUGGAGACAGCGGGGAGUACUUGAUCAAUGAAACCUACUUGAGCAGGCCGUCAAACUGUUCGUGGACAAUUGGUAAAGGCAGAAGUGAUAUCGACGUCAUAGUCAUCAAAUUCGAACCCUUUGAUCUGGGAAAACAUUGCUUUACUGCUCAACGUAAAUACGUCGAGAUCUCUGAUGUGARUCACCAGUUUAAAGUUAAGAAAUGUGGAAGGGGGCGUUCAUUUGAAGUUUUGAUUAAAAGGCGAUCUGCAGUUGUCAGAUUUUACUCAGAGAUAACCUGUCGCUGGGGACCGCAUUCAUCUUGCAGCCACGAUAGUCAAAAUAUUCGCCUGUCUUUCUAUGUAAUUUCAAAGAAGCUUGAAGUGCCUCUUCUAAACAAAUGGACCAUAUCACUCUCGAGCUACAACUAUGACAGAAUCACUGCAAAUUGGAAUCAAACUAAUGUUCGAGGCAAUGAUAUUUUUGGAUUUUUGAUUACUUGYAAUUCAAAACAAAAUUGGGCUAACGAGGCAGUUUACGCAUUUGGAGAAAACAGUUCAACUUCUGCAACUUGUUAUGGGCUGACCGGGUACACUAACUAUGACGUGUACGUGUUGGUGAUGUUAAAAAAUCAAGAGAAUGGGACAUAUACGGCAUACAAGAGUUUAAUGGCGUCAAUAACAACUCCUGAAUCAUUCCCAAGUAUUGGUCCCCAAAUAGAUAACCGCACGAGUGAAAUUACAGCAGAUAGAGCAGUUAUUAACUGGAAGCCACUCCACAGAAAAUAUACUCAUGGUAUUCUUCUUGGAUAUACUGUAMAACUCUACCGUUAUUUCGCCUACCAAAAAGAAAUAAACACCAAUGAUACAUCGGUGGAAUUUAAAGAUCUUUYACCUGCGACGAAAUAUAGAGUGGAAAUUAGAGGUUACACUGCAGCUGGAAUAGGACCAUACGAAUACUAUUCUUUUUCAACAAGUAAGGCUUAGUCAAAAGUGAAACCUAAUU